UUUCCCGCUUCUACUACGUAACGUCAUCAACCAACGACGGUUUGGCUUGAGCCUCGCGCUUCGGCGGUAUCCAGUGGUUACACAGCUGACAAAAACAGAGCUAUAAGUUAGCGAACAACAUAUCCAGGCAUACAUGUUGAACGAGAACUAUUUUGUUCUGUUAUACCGUAGCUAUGCUAAAAAGAGAUGACACAAUCUAUUAUUGUGCAAGUCGGCCAGUGUGGUAAUCAGGUGGGCUGCAGGUUCUGGGAUCUGGCAUUACGGGAACACGCUCACGUCAAUAAAAAAGGAAUUUAUGAUGAAGCAUUAAGCAAUUUCUUUAGAAAUGUUGACACCAGGAGAAGUGACGGGGAGAACAAUGACAUCACUGGUGGAAAGAUCCGAUCCCUUAAAGCUAGGGCAGUCCUCAUUGACAUGGAGGAAGGUGUCGUCAACGAGAUUCUGCAGGGCCCUCUGCGAGACGUAUUCGACAGCACGCAGCUGGUGACAGAUGUGUCAGGAUCUGGCAACAACUGGGCUGUCGGACACCGGAUAUAUGGGCCCGCGUGCCAAGAACAGGUGGUGGAGAAGGUGCGCCGGGCCGCAGAACAUUGCGACAGCCUCCAGUGCUUCUUCCUCAUCCACUCCAUGGGGGGAGGAACUGGGUCUGGCCUGGGAUCCUACGUGCUGAGACUCCUGGAGGAUGAGUUCCCUGAGGUGUACAGGAUUGUGACGUCCGUGUACCCCUCCGCUGAGGACGACGUGAUCACGUCCCCGUACAACAGCGUGCUGGCCAUGCGAGAGCUGAGCGAGCGCGCGGACUGCGUCCUGCCUGUGGAUAACCAGUCCCUGGUCGAGAUAGUGAACAAGAUUCGGUACAUGUCCCACCAGGGAAAGCCUGGCCAUGUGAUAAAGAAGGACAGCACCAUCAUUUCAGGCCAGGGUGGGGCCGGUGGAGCCGAGAAGCCCUUCGAUGCCAUGAACAACAUCGUGGCAAACCUGCUGCUUAAUCUGACGAGCUCCGCCCGUUUCGACGGAUCCCUCAACAUGGACCUGAACGAGAUCGCCAUGAACCUGGUGCCCUUCCCGCGACUGCACUAUCUGGUCCCCAGUCUCACCCCGCUGUACACGUUAGCGGACGUCAACGUCCCGCCGAGGAGGCUGGAUCAGAUGUUCACCGAUGCCUUCAGCAGAGACCACCAGCUCAUCCGGGCAGACCCCAAGCACAGCCUCUACUUGGCUUGCGCCCUUGUUGUCCGGGGCAAUGUUCAAGUAUCUGACCUUCGAAGGAACAUCGAGAGGUUGAAGCCCUCCCUGCCGUUCGUGUCCUGGAACCAGGAAGGUUGGAAAACCAGCCUGUGCUCAGUCCCCCCCGUGGGCCACGCCCACUCCCUGCUGGCUCUGGCCAACAACACCUGCGUGAAGCCCACCUUCUUGGAACUCAAGGACAGGUUCAUGAAGCUCUACAGGAAAAAGGCUCACCUGCACCACUACCUGCAUGUUGAGGGCAUGGAACAGGGCUGUUUCACAGAGGCCAUUUCAUCUCUAUCUUCACUGAUAGAGGAAUACAGUCAACUGGACGCCACUAAGGGCACACUGACCCCAGAUGCACCCAGACUCACUAUCGCCACCUAAAGGUCUGUUGCACCCCUACGGUCAGCUGAGAAAUAUUUCCAUAUUUCUAUACUUCAUAAACGCAAAUUAGCGGUUGGAAAAUGAAUGUACUCACUAUAAGCAAUGUAUACAUGUAUGUUUUUUGUGCGUGGCUGUGUGGGUUUGACCUUGUAGCGAAAUGCAUCUUAUUUACCAGCCAUCUUAGAUCAAACUUGUAAUUGGAUACUUGUGCUUAACUGGUCAUUGUGAAUAGAUUUAUACUAUAAUGUUAUUUUGCUUGUUCCUAAACGCAUGUCUUUAGGCCCAAGUAAAUCAUUUAUAAUAAAUGAUCAAUCGCAAUCACUGCAGUGAAAUGAUUUACUUGAAAAACAUAACACCUGAUGGAUUAGUGGAUGAUGUGGUUUUGUGUGCAGAGUGUAUGAUGUAAUUUACCCCAAAAAACAAUAAGCAAACAUCCAGAAAGCAAUCGGUGGUAACAUGAGAAUUGUUGCUCAAGUGAACAUAAGUGUAAUAAGGCAGUUUCCUCAUUUUUAUUGAGACAGUGCGUGACAAUUACGUGUUUAAUACUAAUUGAGGGUGUCUUUUACACUGAUUAAUGUCUUUGCUUGUCUUUCCGUUUAUUACAGAAGGAACAUCACACAGGUAGUAAUUCUAAAUGAAAUGAGUCAUUUCUAGUUACCUUGGGGAACAAAUGAUGGGGGCUUGUUCUGCUUUCCUUUCCUGCCAGCUGGCUGAGUCGUGUUCAGCCGGGAGCUGGAUUGUCGGGUUGCUUUGUGCCGGUGUGCUGUGGAAGCCUGGUGUGAUGCAACUGCAGAGUAAUCGCUGUUAUCCUCUGUAAGUCCACAGUGACUGUUGAUUGGGUCAAGUGAGUCGAAUGCAUGUCCAGGAGGCGUCGUCUGUGGCGACUUAAGCUUGCUCUGCAGGCGUCACUUAAUGAUGUUAUGCAUCAUAAUCCUACUGACGUCUUAUGUGUUACAUGUCGUGAUUACUCAUGUAGAAAUGACUUGUUCUGUUUAUUCACUAGACAUUUAAAAUAUCGAAAUGCAACCCUGAUGUGUAAUUUUAUGAAAGCUUGACAAUUUCUGGAUACCCCUGACUGGAGAUUCUACUGUAGCUAGUUUUCCUAUAAGCAUUUACUAAAAUAUCUAGCUAGUCUCUCUGUAAGCAACUAUUUUUGUUGGCAAAUCAAAUUUGUUAAGCUGCAAAUGUUUGUGUAUUAUUUAAAUAAUUCCUGUUUGCCGAUAAAUUGAAGUAUGACGCUCA